UGCAAGAGCAACAUAGCACCACGACCACGUACGUAGUAGUGUCCAUAAGUUGCUCCCCAAGAUCAUCAAUGGCGAAGGCACCUGGUGCUUCGCUCGGCCCCGUCCCUUUUGCGGACGUCGAAGCUGACUCAGGCUUGGUCUCCGGCGUGCCGGAGCAGCUUCCAGAGGAGCACGCCGACGCCGACCUUGUGUCCGCCCUGCCGAGCGCGCCCAUGGCCAUGGGCAUAUCGAACCUCCGUUUCUACGAGGGAUGCUGGCUGCCGGAGUGGUCUGUCCCGGCGGCCGUCGCCCUACAGCGCCGCUUCGAGCCCCGCCGGGACGAUGUCAUCGUUGCCAGCUUCCCCAAGUGCGGCACCACGUGGGUCAACGCGCUGACGUUCGCCACCAUGGCGCGGCGCGCCUACCCCGCCGCCGGCGCCGGGCACCCGCUGCUACGCCUCAACCCGCACCAGUGCAUCCCUUUCCUGGAGGGCCUAUUCGGCAGCCGGCGCGGGGAGGCCAAGCUCGAGGCGCUACCUUCCCCGCGCGUCAUGAACACGCACAUGCCGCUGGCCAUGAUACCGCGAGCCGCCGCGCCCGGCGGGGGCGGGUGCAAGGUCGUGUACGUCUGCAGGGAGCCCAAGGACAUGGUGGUCUCGCGGUGGCACUUCCACCGGCAGCUGCAUCCCGAGCUGGCGUUCGCCGACGUCUUCGAGGCCGUGUGCAGCGGCGCGGUGGCGUACGGACCAGUGUGGGACCACAUGCUCGGCUACUGGAGCGCCAGCACGGCGAGGCCUGACAGCGUGCUCUUCUUGCGGUACGAGGAGCUGCUGCGCGACCCCGCCGAGCACGUCAGGGCGCUGGCGCGGUUCGUGGGGCUGCCUUUCUCCGGCGCCGAGGAGGAUGCCGGCGCCGUCCACGACAUCGUCAAGCUCUGCAGCUUCGGCCACCUCAAGAACCUGGAGGCCAACAAAACGGGCCACGUGAAUCCCAUCCUCCAGAUCCCGCGCGGCGCGCUAUUCAGGAAAGGCGCGGCCGGUGACUGGGUGAAUCACAUGACGCCGGAGAUGGCGCGACGCCUUGACGAGAUCGUCGCCGACAAGCUCCAUGCCUCAGGGCUCACCUUCCAUGAGUGACGACUCGACUGAGAGCAUAUACAUAGAUGAUGCAAAUUUAGAGAUCUAAAACUAGAUCUAUAAUUUACAUCAUUAAAAGGUGCAUUUUACAUCUAAAAACAAGUAACUCUAACGGAUGAUGUAUAUUGAUGAUGUUAAAGUUCAACUUCAAUAGAUGAUGCACAUUGAAGAUGUAAAAAAAGGGUGGCGCACCAAAAUAGUUGCACCUCUCGUGCGCGUCAACCAGUUCUCUCUGGAUGAACUCACGACCAAACAUGGAACCGCCGUGCUUUCGCUUCUUCCUCUUGUGCAUCGCCACUAGCAUAGCAAUGUCCUCUUCUUGGGUGAAAUCAAAUUCCUCAUCCGACAAGGGAAUCGUCCAUGAAAAAGGAGUCGCACGAGCUCAUCUACAAUGGGGAAAUCACCGUCAAACUACAUCUUCAACCCCGAUGCUCUUAUUAAGUUCAUGGUGUAGUGUCGAUGCUCAUUGGGCAUUCAUCAUCACAUCCACAGUUGGAUGAUGCUACUGCUAACAAAUUAGUUCAUUCUUUAAACAAACUCGUGAAACACGGGUAUGUAUGCUUCACUUUGUUUAGGCCACUAUGACGAGGCAUUAUGGUGUCAUACUGACGUGACAAUGUAUAUAUCCUUAAUUAAGUUAGGGUGAUUUCCACGAGUACCGACAU